GCCGGUCCUCAUCACUGAUGUUCAUUUGCGUACGAAUUCUCGCCAUAGAGAAAUUAUUUGCGUCUCUACACCCUUCCAGAACUCUCCGUCUAUCCAUAUUUUAUCCUCUAUAAACCAACAAUUCAAAUUCUUCCUCUUCCGAUCAACUGAAAUUUCAGAGGACAUUCUGUGGCAUUCGAACUAGUAGUAAUGGCGACUUCAGCUGCUACUCAUGUGCAGCUCCCGUUUUCGCAUCACAGAUUUAACGGCACCAAGACUUCGCUCUUCGGUCAGAGAAUUGCCUUCGUGUCACCGAAGAGAUGUAACAGUCAAAGGGCGGUGAGGUCUAGGUGCAGGCCCCUGAGGGUGGUGAGCGAAAAGGUGGUAGGCAUAGACUUGGGGACGACGAACUCUGCUGUGGCGGCGAUGGAGGGAGGAAAGCCGACAAUCGUGACGAACGCGGAAGGGCAACGGACAACGCCUUCAGUUGUGGCGUAUACGAAAAACGGUGAUCGCCUCGUCGGUCAGAUUGCCAAACGUCAGGCUGUGGUGAACCCCGAGAACACCUUCUUUUCAGUAAAGAGGUUCGUCGGUAGGAAGAUGUCCGAGGUCGAUGAGGAGUCAAAGCAGGUGUCGUACAGAGUGGCGAAAGAUGAGAAUGGGAACGUCAAGCUUGAGUGCCCGGCCAUUGGAAAGCAAUUCUCCCCCGAGGAAAUCUCUGCGCAGGUUUUGAGGAAACUUGUUGAUGAUGCUUCAAAGUUUUUAAAUGAUAAGGUCACUAAAGCUGUCAUUACAGUGCCAGCGUACUUUAAUGAUUCCCAGAGAACUGCAACAAAAGAUGCCGGUCGUAUUGCUGGGAUAGAAGUGCUGCGCAUCAUCAAUGAACCUACUGCUGCUUCAUUAGCUUAUGGAUUUGAAAGGAAAAAUAAUGAAACUAUUCUAGUUUUUGAUCUAGGUGGUGGUACCUUUGACGUGUCAGUUCUGGAGGUUGGUGAUGGAGUAUUUGAGGUUCUUUCCACGUCGGGUGACACACAUUUAGGAGGGGAUGAUUUUGACAAGAGGAUUGUAGAUUGGCUAGCCAAGGAUUUCAGGAAACAAGAAGGAAUAGAUCUUUUAAAAGACAAACAAGCACUGCAGCGCCUCACUGAAACUGCAGAGAAGGCAAAGAUAGAGUUGUCUUCAUUGACACAAACCAAUAUCAGUUUGCCAUUCAUAACUGCCACUACUGAUGGUCCAAAGCAUAUUGAUACCACGCUUACACGGGCCAAGUUUGAAGAAUUGUGUUCAGAUUUACUUGACAGAUUGAAAACACCUGUUGAAACUUCUUUGAGAGAUGCAAAGCUAUCCUUCAAUGACAUUGACGAAGUCAUUCUUGUUGGUGGUUCUACCCGAAUUCCUGCUGUACAAGACCUUGUUCGGAAAUUGACUGGUAAAGAACCUAAUGUUACCGUGAAUCCUGAUGAAGUUGUUGCUCUCGGAGCUGCAGUACAGGCAGGUGUUUUGGCGGGAGAUGUAAGCAAUAUUGUGCUGUUGGAUGUGACUCCAUUAUCCCUGGGACUGGAGACCCUCGGUGGUGUCAUGACAAAAAUCAUACCAAGAAACACAACUCUACCUACAUCCAAGUCUGAGGUUUUCUCAACUGCAGCGGAUGGCCAAACCAGUGUUGAAAUCAAUGUUCUCCAAGGGGAAAGAGAAUUCGUCAAAGACAACAAAUCCUUGGGUAGUUUCCGCCUUGAUGGAAUUCCACCAGCUCCGCGUGGUGUUCCGCAGAUUGAAGUGAAGUUUGACAUUGAUGCUAAUGGCAUCCUCUCGGUCACUGCUGUAGAUAAAGGAACUGGAAAGAAGCAGGACAUCACCAUUACUGGAGCCAGCACCCUGCCCAAAGAUGAGGUAGAUAGAAUGGUAAAGGAAGCAGAUAGGUUUGCGAAAGAGGAUAAGGAGAGGAGGGAUGCAAUUGACACGAAGAACCAGGCAGAAUCUCUCGUCUACCAAACCGAAAAGCAAUUCAAGGAGUUGGGAGACAAGGUCCCUACGGACGUGAAAGACAAAGUGGAGUCUAAGCUGAAAGAGCUAAAGGAUGCCAUUUCCAGCGGAUCAACCCAGACCAUAAAGGAUGCCAUGGCGGCACUUAACCAAGAAGCUAUGCAACUUGGGCAGUCUCUUUAUAACCAGCCAGGUUCAGGAGCUAUGCCUACGCCUGAUGAUAAAACCUCAAAACCAGGUUCUUCAGGUAAAACUGAUGGAGAUGGAGAAGUUAUUGAUGCAGAUUUUCGUGAGAGCAAGUAGUUGAAAGGGUCCUUCAGAAAUUAGUGUAUGCAGCUGUUCAGUGCUUUGAUUAUAUCUCAUAUAUAUAGGUUUGCUUUACCCAUUCUGUAGUGAACUUUUCGCACCUCUACAAUUGGAGAUCUCUGCAUGUAAUUAAAUUUUCUAUUAAGAGUUAUCCAUAGCUCAAUGUAAUGUUUUUUGUCUCUUGAGUUAAUGCAAGGAAAUUUCUAUAGGAUGAAAA